AUGGAAUCUGUGAAUGAACAGGAGGACAUACAUAGGGAAGAUUUUUUCAGGGACCCCAACUACAAAUCAAUGAUAGUAUGGGUGAAUCAAAUCUCUCGAGUCAUUCCAAAGUUUAAUUCAGGCGUGUUCGAUUCACCUACCCAAGAGAUGAAGGACCAUCUGAAACCAUUAUUGUUGACCCUUAUGAUCGAGGGGGUUGAAGUCAACAAAGUCCUGGUGGAUGGAGGUUCUGCUAUAAACAUACUCCCACAAACAAUGUUGAAACGUUUUGGGAAGACUUUGGCAGAUCUAAAACCUCACAAUAUCCUUAUUUCUGACUACGCGGGAAAAUCUUCACAACCAGAAGGGAUGAUAUUGUUGGAUGUCGAAAUUGGUAGUGUGAAAAGGACCACCAUGUUUAUUGUUACUCCCUUGAAAGCUAACUUUAAUGUGCUGCUAGGAAGAGAAUGGAUCCACGGAAUGGGAGCAAUACCAUCGACAUUGCACCAGAAAGUCUUUUUCUAG